AAUGUCUUUACCCCCACCAGAUCCAGCUUUUAUUUUGAGAAGUGGGCAAGCACCUAUAACGUGUUUAACCAUUUAUCAAAAUGAGACUGAAUAUAUCUUAUCUGGGUCGGAGAAAGGAGAAUUAACAAUAUGGGAUAUGAAAACUAAGCGAAAAACGAGCACUCAUAAAAUUCAUAAUGGAAAGGGAAUAUUAUCCGUCAUCUGCCUAAUGCACGGGGGUUUUGCUACUCAGGGAAGAGAUGGGGUAGUUAGCUUUUGGGAUGACAAUUUUAAAUUAAUAGGUUCAUUGGUAACGGAGUUUAUUGGUUUCUGUCCGUUAAUCGACAUAAAAAUAACUGAUCGUCAAGUAUUAAUAAUUCCUUUUGAUGAAAAAUCGUUGAUUAAAAUCAUCGAUCCACAAGAUAAAUCAGAACUCUUUACCCUAAAGCCGGGGAAAAAAUAUGGAAUGUGCAUGUCUAUGGUUGCCUUCUCAAAAAUGGAUUAUCCUCAAGUACUAGUAGGGUAUGAAGAUGGGGGUAUAUCUCUUUGGGAUCGAGAUACAGAAGAUUUUCAUCAUAGUCUCUUCACUGAGCCGGUUAUGUGCAUAGGUUAUUCGGCAGAAUUGAGUAGAGGAGUAUCGGGAAGCGCUGAAAACAAUCUGAUUUUGUGGUCCCUUCAAGAAAAGAAAUUAAAUGUUUUAAAAAAUAUAGAGGCAACUGGAAGCGGUUUUAAUUGUAUUAAAUUUCGAAAUGACAGUCGAAUAUUUGUAACAGGCGGAUGGGAUGGUCAGGGAAGGGUUUAUGGGGCUAAAUCGGGAAAGCAAUUAGCUGUUCUAUCUUAUCAUACUGAAAGUAUACAAAGUGUCUCUAUUUCUCAAAGCAAUCUGAUAUAUCUUGGUUCAAAAGACGGCAAUAUCAGCAUUUGGAACGUUUACGCAUAG